AUGGGGAAGCAGAACAGCAAGCUGCGCCCCGAGAUGCUCCAGGACCUGCGGGAAAACACCGAGUUCUCCGACCUGGAGCUGCAGGGCUGGUACAAGGGCUUCCUGAAGGACUGUCCCUCGGGCAUCCUCAACGUGGAGGAGUUCAAGAAGAUCUACGCCAACUUCUUCCCCUACGGCGACGCCUCCAAGUUCGCCGAGCACGUCUUCCGCACCUUCGACACCAACGGCGAUGGCACCAUCGACUUCCGAGAGUUCAUCAUCGCCCUGAGCGUCACCUCCCGCGGCAAGCUGGAGCAGAAGCUCAUGUGGGCCUUCAGCAUGUACGACCUGGACGGCAACGGCUACAUCAGCCGGGAGGAGAUGCUGGAGAUCGUGCAGGCCAUCCACAAAAUGGUCUCUUCCGUGAUGAAUAUGCCCGAAGAUGAAUCGACUCCGGAGAAAAGAACGGAAAAAAUCUUCCGACAGAUGGAUACUAAUAACGAUGGCAAGCUGUCACUGGAGGAGUUCAUCAAAGGUGCCAAGAGUGACCCAUCCAUCGUGCGCCUGCUGCAGUGUGACCCCAGCGGCACCGGGCAGCUCUGA